CAUGCCUCAAGCACAGCCAGAGUUGAAGAAGUACCUCGACCGCCGUCUGUUCAUCCAGCUCAAUGGCAGCCGCAAGGUCAUCGGCGUCCUGCGCGGCUACGAUGUCUUCCUGAACAUCGUCUUGGAUGAUGCUGUCGAGGAGAAGGCCAACGGCGAGAAGGUCAGAAUCGGCCAAGUCGUCAUCCGUGGCAACUCUGUUGUUAUGCUAGAAGCCCUGGAACGCAUGGACGAACACGACCGACGAUGAGCGAAUUCCUCUUAUACCCGACCGCAGCCACCGACAGUGACUCGACAUUCACCUCCGUCCGCCAUCACAUCGCAGCCCUCCGUCGCAUGAGUCGACAUCAAAUGCGUCCGACAGUCAGGAACAUGGACAAGACACUUCCACAGACCCGAGAAAGCAGGUCGCAUCCAUCUUAGGGAUUUAUUAUGACCUUUCUCAAGAGCGUUCCAUAAAGCGACGCCUUGAUUCCACGAAUCGAAAAUCACUCUCUGUCCCU